CUAGCUUUAACAGUGCUAGGUUCGGAUCUAAAUGGUCGAAAUAUAGAUCAAUGGAAGUGUGCAUUGGAUAAGUAUAGAAAAAUUCCCCACCGAAAUAUUCAGAGCGUACGUCAAAUAAGUUAUGAUAGUUUGGAAGAUAAUGAGAAAGACAUGUUCCUUGAUAUUGCAUUUUUCUUCAAAGGAGAACCUUUAGCAAAGGUCAUGGAAAUAUUUGAUAGUUGCGGUUUUUUUCCAGCUCAUGGUAUCCAGAGGCUUAUGGAAAAGUGUCUUAUUACUAUUAUGCUGAAUAAUGAUGGAUAUGUUUGGAUGCAUGACUUUCUACAAGAUAUGGGUCGAAUAAUUGAAUGAGUAAAAUCAUCCAAAGAUCCUAGCAAACGCAGCAGAUUGUGGUUUCACAAGGAUGUUCGUGAAGUGUUGGAAGAAGAUACGGGGCCAAACGAAAUUGAAGGCAUAGUCAUAGAUUUACCUGAAGGUGAUGAGGAGAUCAGCUUGUAUCCAAAAGCAUUUCGACAUAUGAAAAGACUUAGAGUCUUUAUUAAUCGUAAUGCACGUUUUUCUUGUACACCCAAUUAUCUUUCUGACAAGUUAAGAGUCCUUGAUUGGUAUAACUAUCCUUCACCAUAUUUGCCAUGUGAUUUUCAAGGGAAGAAUCUCGUUGUGUUUAGAAUGCGUGAUAGCAUCAUCAAGGAACUAGGGGUUGGAUUCAAGCCCAAGAAUUUGACAUCCAUGGCUUUCGAGUCUUGUAGUUACUUAACAGAAAUUCCGGAUCUUUCAAGCACCCAUAAUUUGAAGGAAUUGCUUGUCACAUAUUGUGACAAUGUAGUUAAGGUGCAUGAUUCCGUUGGAUCUUUGAAAUAUCUUUCUACGUUGAGUUUUUUUGCAUGCUCUAAACUCCAAAUUCUUCCAAGAAGCCUUAAGUUGAGAUCUUUAAGCCGGUUUGAUCUUGGAUGUUGCUCAAGCCUUCGUGAUCUUCCUGAAAUCGAGUGUAAAAUAGAAGCUUUAUGUGAAUUGAAACUAUCUGGCACUGCAGUAGAAGAACUACCUUUAUCCAUUGGGAACAUUGUUGGACUUAAUACUUUAGAUCUAAGUUAUUGCAAAAACCUUAUGCGUCUCCCAAUUGCUUUGAUCCAGUUGCAAUAUUUAGACUAUAUUUAUUUUGCGGGAGUUACAAAUUUUGUAAAGAAGAUGGUGAGGGAUGAUGGAAAAUCCCUUGAUCUGCCUAACGAUUCUACAACAAUGGAAGGCAACAUAUCAAAUUCAAGCACUGCAUUACAAGUAUCGAAUCUUCAAAUUAGUUGUUCCCAUUCAGAAUCAAAUUUCUUUCCACUAUAUAGUUUCUUUACAAUGUUUAAUUCCUCUACCAACUUGGGUUUGUUAGUUUUAUCGGAGACUGAUAUUGUUAGCCUUCCCACGAGCAUCAAAGGAUUCGUUGCACUAACUGAUCUUCACUUGGCAAAUUGUCAUAAACUCGAAGAAAUAGCAGAGCUUCCUCCAAAUUUAGUACAAUUAGAUGUUAGUGGAUGCAAGUCACUAGAAAGAUUUUCGGAAGUAUCAAAAAUAUUGGAAUUCAAUGGAAGCCACAUCAGAUCGCUAAAAUACAUUGAUAUGCGUGACUGCCACAAAAUGCAUGAGAAUAUAUGGAAUGAUAAAGUGGAAAAUCCUUUAUUGUGGAAGGGACUCUAUGAUUAUGACGCUGCUUUGUUUCCGGAAAAUCAUGAGAUUCCAAACUGGUUCAAAUAUGUUCAUGAGUUUUUAGAUAAUGAGAUGGAGAAGGGGCCUGAUGAUGAUGCCCGAUGGAGGGGAACAGAAGAACGUGAUGAUUAUGCCCGACGGUGGGGAACAGGAGAAGAAUGGGCAAUAGAUAUCAAGGGGCCACACCAUUUGGAGGAUAUUAGUGGAAUUGUCUUGUAUGUCGUACACUUUAUCACUAAUGCUGGUGGCCAGUACAGAAUUCCUCAUGAUGUUAAGAUUAACAGUAAGGGCUCAAAUCAUGUAUGCGGUGUUGAAGGGGUACAAUUGAUUUUUCGUGGUUGCAGCAACGAGAGACGAAUUGAAUAUAAUAUAUGGGUGGGGUACUCCAAUUUACAAUCUUUUGAGCAAGAGGUUUUGGACAACUUGCAAGUCCAAUUUUGUGUCGGUCCUCUUAGGCACGUAGUUACGAUGCCGUUUUAUACAAGUUGUAGAGCCAAGGUGGUAUACAAGAAUGAAACGAGAGCAAACAGAAAAAGAAAAAUGGGUGAAGCCAAUGUUCCAAACAGUCCUCAACAGCUAUUGGCUUAAUGAUAACCCAAGUUGCAUGUGUAUUGCCAGUAUUGCCCAAGUUGGUGGAGAAAGAGGACAACUGCAUUGAUUGUCAAGCAUAUUAUUGCUCAAAUGGUGGUUUACUUUCGAGUAAGGAUGAUUAUGUGCUUUGCUUUGGUGAUCCACAAAGAAUACCAAGGUUAGAAAAAUCACUUUCUUGUCCAUUCCUUUAGUUCGAGUUUAUACUUGGUUUCAUUUUUGAACCAGAAAGGAAUGAGUAGACACUGAAUUUUCAUAUGGGGUAGCGUUUAGUGAACAUGGAAGCACUUGUGCAGAAGUUUGAAGAAGCAACUCCGGUUUUAUCAUAUUUGCCAAAACCUGUCAGCUCCAUUCAACAUAUAUAGCAUUUCCAAGUUUAGCAUUUGCAGCCCAAGCGGUCUGCCGGCCCUUGUUGCUACUAUUUCUUUGGAAUCUUUGGAAUCUCAGGAGAAAAGAGGGAUUCUUAAACUUGGGGCAUCAAACUUCCAGAUUAGGCGGAGAGGACUAUGAUGAUCCAAAGGUAGAUUUGGAGUUAGAGCUUCGACUUGUUUGACAUGAAUAAGAAUCUUGAGUCUUGGAGGUUGGGAGUUCCUCGAAAAUUCCCAGUUCAAAUUCAUCAUGGAAUCUGGAGUUUAAACCAUUUGUGUGUUGCGCAAUUCUUUCUUACUUUUCUAGUCUUGUGUGUUGUGAGUAGUUAAUCUGGGUGGUAUUCAGCAGUUCUUGAUCAUCAAGAACGUUACAGAAUGACAUGUACGUGUAAAAGAGCUGAAUCUUAAGACCACCACACUACUGCCACUGUCAUCCAUCUCUCUCUCUCUCUCUCUCUCUUUGGUUAUUUAUAAGGUUGAACAAUUUGGAUCUAGCUGUCAAUUUUGCCAAAAGUAUGGGGAAUCUUCAUGCUAUUAAUUAGCUUAUAAGCUUUUCACUU